AUGACGUACUACCGCGAGCUUGGCUUGAGUUGGUCAGCGAGCCAUCGGGCCGUCUGUACAGCAUACCGGCAGAGGGCGCUGCAGACUCAUCCGGACAAGGGUGGGAGCCAUGAUGCCUACGUCCGGGUCCGCCAGGCCUUCGAGGUGCUUAGCGAUCAAAGGCUUCGUGCAGACUACGAUGCCGGACUUCGGGCAGCUGGAGAAGAAGAUGCUGAGCGGCUUGCGCCGAGCUGGACCUCCACGACAGCUUCGGCCACAGGCUCCGAAUGCCGAUCCUCAGAACCGCUUGUCUUGAUGGGCGACACACCUUGGCGGGAGGCUGCCAGGACGGUCGUGGGUAUGAUGGAUCUUCCCGAGUCUGCAUGGGCAGCCACACUGGAGUCCUGGAAUGUUGCCGGAAGCUCUUGCACAGAUCGCGGGAGACGCCGAACCUUCACGGCAACGCUGCCAAAGAGUCUGCCACAGUGCCUGCUGAAGGUCCUGCUGUUCGAGGCCUCUACCGGACCAAGCAAGGCCUGUCCAUCCGACGAGUCCAAUGUGCAAUUUUCAAUGUACGCGACAUUGAAAAAGCGCACGAUUGGCACGUCGCCCUCGCCAGCGACUUACGACGAAUUUCGGCAAGUUCCGGCAAGCGGUGACUCGCACUUGAAGGUCGAGCUCCGGCGGAAGGCCGGCCUCGUGGCCGCGGCCGCCUUCUUGCCUUCUUUGCCUCUUCUCCCAGUUCUGCAGGUCGACGAGAAAACCAGUUCGGCACCCUCGGAGCGUGAAGCCUUUAGAGUGACUUGGCUGCCAGAUCCAGAUGAGCUUUUCCAAGUUGUGCCAUGGAACAGUGGGGAAGCCCUAGACGAAACCUACGAUGCCGACCCGGAACUUAGAUUGGUUCUGCAGUUCCGGGUUAGCAUCCGAGAGGCAAAGAAGGUGCUCAAUGGUCCUUUCACUCAUCGCCUUGAGACGGCAUUGCAUUUGCGAAACAGACUGCAACAGCUUUUAGAAAUGCGCGGAUCGUCACAUGACAUCGGCAAAGAGAUUCGGGAUGCCAAGACCUACGAGAAGAAGCAGAAGGGCCUUGAGAAAGCCAGACAGGCCGCGAUGCUCCAGGAGGUCUUGGUCGUCUUGGAGCAGCUGCGGCGCGAGGAGGGGAAUAAGCCUGUCCCUCUAGCUCUGCCAGCUCUGCCAGCACCAGAACCGCUGGAACUGCCGGCUCCGGCUGCAACGCAGGCUGCGGAGCUUACGGCACAGCAGGGCAAGGAGGCGGAGCCGGAGGAUUCUGUGGAUGCUGUGCGUGCUACAGGGUCCCUGGGAUCCCAGAUUCCCGAGAGCCAGGCAGAGGCGGCGGAGGUAGACGGCUGCGUUGCGGACUGCUUACUCGGAGAACGAGUGUCCUUUCUCGCUGCUUUGGUGACGGUAUCCAAGGUGCAAAACGCUAUUCGGGAGGCCCACGACCCACGAGCACAAGAGCGCCACUGUAGCGAAAGACGGGCAGACCGUGAUGUGACGUGGAUGUUAGGAUUGAAGGAGGCCGCGAACCUCCUUGAGCGUCAGCUCCCUGGAAUCAACAUGUCUUUGUGCCCAAGAGACGGCCAAUGCAGGCUGGAGAAGCAUGAGGGAGCCUUCUAUCCUGGCUUGCUCACCAUCUGUGAGCUAGUCAGAGUUACAACGACCUCUCGGCGUGCCUACGGUGCAUCUGCUGGUGCGACCAAGCGCCAGUUGGCAAAUUUCCGGCUUGCCGACUUCGGUCGAACGACUGCGAGGUCAAAGCGUGGACGAGUGCUGCCAGGAGGAGAGCAUCGCGAGUUGAGGAUGCUGCAGGAAUGCUUGCGGACAAGGCGAUUCGCCCUGCAGAUCCAGCAUCUAGAUCUGUCGACUCUGGAGAUGUCCUCCAUCAGCAAACAAGACUUCCAGUACAUGUUGGGAUGUCUACCUAACCUGGUGUCUGUCAUCUUUCCAAGUCGAGGCUGGGCAGGCACGCUUCAGCUCCGAACCUUUGUGAACAUCGCAAAGUCGCUGAAGGUGAGCAUCGGGGCCCUCAAGGGCGAUCUCAUGAUCCUGAGAGGUGCAGCGCAAAGGUCUACGGAUGAAGCCAGACCGACGCCGCUCGCCAUAACAGCAGGAGAGGCCACACCGCCAAGUCGAAAGCGACCUCGCGUGGAGGUGGCCGGUGCGCCCCCGCCCCGUCCUCGCAGAUCAACAAGACGCGAGGCACAAGCAGACAGUGACGCCCUUGGCUUUCGUGCCGCGGUGGAAGACGUACGUCGGUCUUCCGAAGCACGCAUCCUGCCCGCCACUUCCUACUCCGCGCCUGUGAAUGGUCAGACCUUGGCUCCGCGGCCGGAAACGCACCGCUCGCCGGAUCUGCAACCGGCGGUGCAGGCAUUGCGCUCGGGAGGAUUGAGGCGCAGGAAGGAAAUCACGGAGAAUCAGCGAGAUUCCAGAGACCGGCACGCUGGUAGUCACAGUUUCUGGUGGCCCGAACGGCGUUGA